CACCCUGUUCCCGUGGCCGUAAAUAUUGGCAGUUAGAUGGCGGAUGCAUGGGAAGACGCGAUAUGAACCAUAUAUUAAUCCUGAUACAUAUACAUUAGACUGAGAAAUGUGGAUAUUGAAACCAGGUUAUCGGAGAAUCCAACAUGUUUACCCUAGGUGGGCACACGUUUACAUUUAUCGAGGUACCGGACAACAGUUUCAUGUGGGCGCAUGGGAAUCAGGUAUGCACAUGCGUAGUAACGCGCUAAAUACGACUAUGUUGGGUGUACCAUAAACAGUCGAUGUCGAAGCACUUCGAUCGUCGAAGAAUGUCAAGGGGACAGUUUUGAUAGAGUUCUUGACAUACUAUUUGAUGGAAACAUGGUGAUCGUGUUGAAUCAUACUCUCUGCGCUGCUCUCCUUUAUUUUAAGGACAAAGACAAAUUUCUUCAUGCGAGAAAGUCUUCCGACGAUCGGCGCUCACUUCCCGCAGAAAACACCUUGACGGAAGAGAAUCUUGUUACGGCCUCGGGUCAUACUCCUGAGGAUCGAACUCGACUGGUGCUACAACAGACAUGUGUGCGGCUCUGUGGGUGUUCAGACGUGGAGGAACUUCGGUGUUGUGUGAAGGAUGCCUUCAGACUAAUUGUCCCUCAUGCUGGAGCCAUUGUGUUAUAUUUGGCUGAACCAGACAAUGAAGAUUUAGUGAGCAGUGAUGGUGGGAGACAUACACUGCCUCGUCAAGGCGUAGCAUGGCAAUCUUACAACAGUAAGAAGAAGGUAUUGGUAAAACUGGGAGAAGUUGAUGACCUUUGCUUGCGGAACCUUUUGGAGGUGACCAGAGCCGGUAAACCAUUUGCUCUGUCCAUACCCUUGUUGGAUACACAGACAAAGAGAGUGUUGGCUGUCUUACUGACUUCCUGUGAUAAACUAUCUGCAGACGAAGAGUGCUGUGUUAAUUUUUUAGAAGAGCAGUUGUCGUCUUGUCACAGACGGAUGAGGCAAAGUUGUGUUCCCUCCAGUAAUCUUCUCAAGUCAAGGACAGACUCCAUCCUACAGCUCUGUGCGGAGCUGUAUGACCAGGAUGCUGCCUCGUUACAGAUCAAAGUCAUUAAAUAUCUACAGCAGCAGACACAGGCCCAAUGUGGAUUUGUCCUGCUGGUGGUGGCAGAAUGCAAGGAACUGUUUUGUCAUCGGGAUAAAGUUUUAGCAGAAGAAAUCCGCUUUCCAGUUGAAACAAGCAGUUUUGCCCUGGCAAUGGAUUCCAAACAGUCUUUAACACUGGAACAGAUGAAUAAGGAAGGUAAAGAGGAGGUGGAGAAACUGAUAGGGUUUGGAAUCAACUCCUUGUUAUGCGUGCCCGUACCCAGUAGGAGUAGUGGAGAGUUGAUCGCCCUCAUGUGCCUGGUGAAUAAGCUCAACUCAGCAAGGUUUACUGAUGAUGACAUCCAGGCAGUACAACAUUGUUUUAAAUACACCUCAACUGUGCUAACAAGUACCUUAGCAGUCCAGAAUGAAAGGAGGUUAAAGAAUGAAACACAAACAUUACUGCAGGUUGCCAGAAAUCUGUUUACCCACCUGGGUGAGUGUUUAUCUCUGUCACUGCGUGUUUUACCUAGCAAAGCUCAGUAUGACCAGGUGGGCUAUAGGUCUGACUUACUGCGUCCCCUUCCCCCUCCCUUAUUUAGCAUACUAUCUAGAACACUUAGGCAGAGAAACAAGUACAUGAACGGGUGCCAGAACACACGUAGGCGUAAAUUUACAGGGGCACACUUGCCAGAGGAAGUGAACUCAUCAAAGAAAAUGAAAACAGAUAGCUCAGUAGAAGUACAUCAACAACUCUGUCAGCAGUCAAACUUAGCAAACGCUCUGACUAGCUGCCAGGCUGAUCACAGCUCUCAUGAAGUCCUUAGGCCUGGGCACAGGGUCCACCCUAAAAUCAAGUCCCCAGAGAAGCAGACUGGUCGAGAGAGGACCAAAACAGUCAAGAGUCCUUAUGGCCCAAGGGAGAGGAAAUGUAGCAGGGCAAAUCAAGUGGAGAAUGAAGUGCCAGAACAACCUGUGCCGACUUUAGCGACUUUGUCCCAGAUUAAGAUCAACCCAAAUGACUAUGACUUCAUGGCUGUCUUGGAGGAAGGGCUACCUGAGAAUGUAGGCAAUAUGGGUGGGCCCAUUUGUCAAAGCAGCUGUCAGUUACCUGAUGUGGUUGGGCGUGCGGCUGAAGUGGACAUCGCCAAUGUGAUUCCAGAUGGCUCAUCCAUGUUUAAACCAGCAUACAGUGAUGAUCAAGGAGAACUGCAAGAGUCCUGCCUACAAGCAAACCCAUUUUCAGAAGUACCUGUACUACCUGAAACUCCACUUGUUCCUACCACAAGCUUAUCAGACAGCUCUGUUUCAAAGGGGACCCAAGGGAGGGUUGCCCAGUCUUGUCCAGACAAGUCAUCGGGUGUAGCAUUAGAACAGAUGCUGGAGGAGGACCCUUAUGACGUUACCCUGGGGCCUAGAAUAUCGCUGAGUCUGCCCAUCUGUGUAGAGGACUAUGCCAGCGAGCUUGCCCUCCAUGACUCUAUGGGACUCACCGCUGGGAGCCAGGAAGCUCUUAACAAAGCCUUUAUGUUGUAUGGCCGACAGUCCAAGCUAUGUCUUUCUGGGAGUUACGGAGCCCUGAAUGAGCUGGGUGACAUGGAAACUGAGCAGUGUGGUGCUCUUCGUAGCCAGUCAUCCUCCUGCGUUAUCUCUGUGGAAGAUGUGGAUUCACACACAUCACACAUGAUAUCCACCUCCACAGAGACCCAUGCCUCUGACACCCGCCUGAUGGCACACUGUGGCACACAGACAUCCUGUAAUCUGCUUAGUUUGUUAGCAGCACCUACCUCACAGUCCCAUUGUAAAGAGAAUUGGUCAAAUGACUUAACAACCCUUCUCCGUGAGAUAAUGCAGGAGGCAAGAAAUUUAACAAAAGCUGAAAGGUGCUCUGUUUUUCUCAUUGAUGAUCAUGAAGAGGAACUGGUGGCCAUGGUUUUCGAUGGUGUUACCAAAGACAACAACGAAGUACAGAAAGAGAUUCGUAUACCAAUAACCCAGGGUAUAGCAGGUCAUGUGGCAACGACAGGUGAACUACUGAACAUCCGAGAUGCGUACUCACAUCCACUGUUUUACAGAGGAAUUGACGAGUCCACAGGAUUCAGAACAAGGAAUAUAUUAUGUUUCCCAAUCAAGGAUGAGAACAGUAGGGUUAUAGGAGUGGCACAAUUAUGUAACAAGAAGACUGGCCCUAGUUUUACCCAGUUUGAUGAGGAGAUAGCAUCAGCCUUCUCUGUCUACUGUUGUAUCAGCAUUAUCCAUUCACUCAUGUACAAGAAGGUGAUAGAUGCUCAGCAUAGAAACAGUUUGGCUAAUGAACUUAUGAUGUAUCAUAUGAAGGUAUUGUCUACGCUGGAGACUCUCACGUCUGUCACCUCCUACAGGACCCUCUGCACUCUGUCUCACUCACCCUCUACACCUUGCAGAAAUAGACUGCUUCCUAACACAGAAUCUGAAACUGUCAAGUGUGGGUCUAUCAGUCUGAUGUACAAGAAAUUGCAGGAUGCUCACAAUCGCAAUAAAUUGUCAAUAGAACUCAUGAUCUACCACAUGAAGGUGUCCACAGCAGAUGUGAACAACCUGUUUCAGCAGGAAAUCCAGACCCCUCGGCAAAUCCAUCCAGAGUUUGACCUCUUUCUUUAUUCUCCAAGGCUACUAGAGGAGAACAAAACAACCAUGGCCGUGAUGAGCAUGAUGGACGACUUGAAUAUAAUUUGUCGCUGGAGGAUUAAGAAGGACACUCUAGCUAGGUUUUUACUGAUGGUUAGGAAAGGCUACAGAAAUCCGCCUUACCACAACUGGAUGCAUGCUUACUCUGUGGCUCACUUCUGUUACCUUCUUAUAAAGAACUUGCAACUACAAGACUACCUAGACGAGAUUGAGGUGUUUGCCUUGUUUGUAUCCUGUCUUUGUCAUGAUAUUGACCACAGAGGGACCAACAAUUCGUUCCAGGUUGCUUCUUCCACAGUGUUGGCAGCGCUGUAUAGUUCUGAAGGAUCUGUAAUGGAGAGACAUCAUUUUGCUCAGGCCAUGUGUAUAGUUAACACUGAUGGGUGUAAUAUCUUUGAGAAUUUAUCAAGGAGGGAUUACCAGCAAGCCCUGGACUUAGUAAGGGACAUUAUCUUAGCCACAGACUUGGCUCAUCAUCUUAAAAUACUGAAAAACCUGGAGCAGAUGGCGAAAGAUGGAUACGAUGUGAAAAACAAGAAACACCAUAACCUUCUGCUGUGUAUACUUAUGACAGCCUGUGACUUGUCAGACCAAACCAAAAACUGGAAGAAUACCAGAAAGAUUGCCGCGUUGAUAUACCAGGAGUUCUUUUCCCAAGGGGACAUGGAGAAGAACCUGGGGAAGAACCCUAUAGAGAUGAUGGACAGAGAACGAGCCCGAAUCCCUGAUCUUCAGAUCAGCUUCUUGAACCACAUUGCUCUGCCUGUGUACAAGAUCAUUGCAGACUUGUUUCCCAAAGCCAAGCCAGUCCUCGAGACAGUGGAGGAUAAUAAGCGACACUGGGAAAAAAUCAGCGAAUUUGUCAAACAACAACAGGACGUACCACUUACAGCGGAGCAGAUGCUGGAGAUUGACGUGGAUGAGGUGGAAUUGAAAAACAAUCCUGAUGUGGCCAAACAGAACAGCGUGAAUGGCAUCAAGACAUAAACAUGUGCCACACACAAAUGAUCUAUAGACUAAAUGUACAGCUUGGCAUGAUUAGAAGUAAUCUGCAGAAAGUGUGUAAAAUUCCUCUUGCUGUAGGUCACUUGAUGAGGACUCAGCUGCUGCAAUAUCAUUGCUUGGAAUGCUGCUUUUUUUUCCAUCGUCGUCAUCAUGGCUGUCAUAUGUUAUUGCAGAAGUGUCAGGGUGGUGUAUGCCAUCAAACUAAAGUGAUGAAGGCUACAAUGCUGAAACCUGUUUCUUACUGAGUAGGCCUGCUGCUCGAAUGACCACAUUAAAUGUGCCCUUAGUAGUGACCUAAUGGUAAUCAUUGUACAUUGCUUUUAAAUACAAAAAUCUGUCCAUUGAUGAUCCAGAAGCCUGUGCUGGGCUGAAGGGUUGGUUGUAGAGUAUUCAGGGGUGCUCAAGGGGCCAUUCUGAUGAGUGGGUUUAAUGUAUUGCUAUGUGGAGAGUGUGUGUGUGUGAUAGCAGAGCCAGACAGGCCUAGUCUACUACAUGUAUCAGAGAAGCCCAACAGUCGGUUCCAGAACUGGCUGAGCUUUUAAAUUUCAUCUGGUCUGUUUUUACACCAUGUUUGCGUCAACAGUGUGUAAUGGUAUUUUAAUGGUUGCACCAGGGUUGAUAGCAGCUAUCUAUAUCUCAAACCAAGCUGUACCAUCAAAUCUUUCUUAAGCGUCCAGAUGUGUCAUGAAUUGAAGGUGUAUUUACAGAGCUGGCAAUACCAGUUAUCAUCUGUGAAUGUCAGUGAUGAACCAGGUCUCUUGUCAGAAAGAGCAUUUGGUAGUCCACUCAUGCUGUCACAGGCUGAUGAUAUAUACAUAUAUAUAUAUAUACACACACAUAAUACGUACUUGUAUUUAUCUCUUGAAAAGCUUUAAAUAUGAGAUUUUAUAGUGUAAAUGAUGCACUCAACCAGCAUAAUGUUUUAUGAAUGCAGUUUACAUACAGUUUAACAUGUGAUAUAUUUGAAGUUAUAUAGUAUAGAGAACAGACCAGAAGAGUCUAAAGGCUUGUGUUUUGGAAUGAUAAUAAAGCGCCUCCAGAUUUAAGUUGUCAUUCAACAGGUUAUGCAAACUGAUAUUAUUUGUUCAAUGUCUUCAGUGGAUUUGAUAUUGACCACACUUUGGCCUACUGACACCACAUGGAGGUUUAAGCCUUGUCCGAGUAGAAAACACUUUGUGUACAGCAUCCAUAGUUAUUAUUAUUAUCAACCAGUUGUUUUUGCCAUUAAUUCUAUGAUCCAGUUAACAGGGAAGAUAAGAUUCGUGGCAUGUAUUAUUUUUUUUGUUACAUUUUUCAUCAUUUUCAUUGUAUGUUUCAGAAUUUCACUCUUCUAGUACCAUUAUGUACAUGUGUAUGUGUGUGUUUGUAUUCCAAAUGUACAGUUGAUGCUACUUUGACUCCCUUAACAAUGUGCUCAAAGGCUGUUUCCCCACGUCUAAUGACAACGGCUGUUCAAAAGCUCGUUGCAGCGCAAAUUCAUAAAUAAAGAGAACUGUGUCAUACUGAUGGCCCAGUGCACAACAGUGUAUUAAUGCAGGUACAAGAUUAUGUUUAAAUGUGGCCAGGUUAUAUUCCCAGAAUGUCUUCAAGGAUUUUCUAUGAACAGCUACAAUAGUAUAUGUACUGUGCCUCUCUUCCCUUGCAAACAUAAAUUUGAAGUGGUCAGGCACGUAAAACAUGCUUAUAUGCCUGUGGACGAGAGACAUCUGUAUGACCUACAUGAUAUCUCACCCAUCAUGUACAGGUUUGCCACAGUCCCAUUCUUGUUUAUGUUAUGUUCAGUAUGCGCUAUAUGCUGCUUUACUUCAAAAAAAACCACAAAAAAAAAAAACCUUCUACACUCAUGUAGUGAGAUUAGCCAAACUAUAAUAUCCAGCUAGUGAUAUGGCAGCAGGUGUUGAUGAUAAAAUUUCAAUCACACACCUAAGCCACAAAUAAUGUAUGUUGUUCUACAUUGUGAUGCCAUUUUAUGGGCUGUAUCAUUAUGGUUAUGGGGAACAAUUUCUUUGUUGCUGGCAUACUGAAGAAUUUAUUGCUAAUACAAUGGAAAUCAGGUUUAUGGUGGAAGGAGACCGAAGUAAACCACUGCUCUGUGAGGAACCUCCAAGUUGGAUGAAUGUGACCCUAACUGGCAUGUGCUUUUACCUUGAGUAUAAGUAACACUUCUAGCCAUGGCCUCAUAUAAGUUUAUCAAUACUGCAGUUUCAAAUGAAGUUUUUGUCACAAAAGAAAAGAUAUUUGUACAUGUAGACUUAGGUUACUGAUAAUCAUUACAAUAUGUCUGCGUAAGUUACAAGUUUCUCUACAUAACACAAACUUGAAUACAUUUUAUGCUAUUUAACAGAGUUGAAGACAGUUGUAACACUCACACUGUUUAUAAUACAACAGAGAAAAAAAAAAGAGACAAAAACUGUUAUGUGCUAAGGAUUUGUUCAGUAGAUACUGUGUGAAGGUGGAUUCUAUAUCCUUCCAGUUUGCAAUACUUCACAAUCUCUUCAUGUAUGUAUACCUUGUGUGGCUAAAUUUUCAUGAUUGAUUUGUAACAAUCUACCUGAUAACUUUGGUAAUUGCUAAGUGAUUCAUUUGACAAUAUUUAAAUACUUUAUGUUUAAUUAAGCUUUAUGAUGUUAAUUUGUACUGCAGCAUGAUGACAAUGACCUCUGUAUUCGCAAAUCGUGCAAUCCUGUUUUCUUCUGUUAUGAUCAUUUUAAUUUGGAUACCGUAUGUUUUUAGUUUGAUAAGUUUGGUCUCAACUACAUGUACAUGUAUCAUACCUCACGCAAUGCAGGGGUCUUGAAAAUUUUGCAAUUUAUUUACUUUUACAUGACUAAAUGAGUGCUAAUUUUACUUCAUUGUUUAAUUUUUCUUUGUAUAUGUUGGUUAUAAAGUAGAUGUGAAUAUUCUAUUUGCUCACAGUGAUGAUAUUCCAGCCCCUGGUUAAAUGAUAGGAUUCAUGUGAACUCUGUUAAACCGAUGUUCCUGUAUGUUCCUUGCAAUAGACUAGGACCUAGACAUCUUCCUUGACGUUUCACACCUAAAUAACGAUGUUUUUCAGACAUAUUAUAUUUUACUUGUCUUCAUCAUCUCAGUGUUGUUAUUAACGCAGAUGCACUUGUAACAAGUUGCAGUAAUGGAGGAUAGUUUAUUUUGUAGGUGUACUCUAUGCACAGACCAUUUGAGAUAGUAAGAUGGGAAGAGGGUUGAGUUUGGAGCACUAGUACCUGUCAUCACAGGAACAGUACUACACUAAGACAGCAGGAAGGAUGUUCAUCCAGGUGUAUAGACUGCCUUUGUUGGUUAGUCUGCAUUAAAACUAGUUUGCCUUUUUCCAUGAAGUAAAUUUCAUCAAUGUUAUCAAAAGUGAUUUUUGUGUUUUCUCUUAAUAUAAUGCUGCAGUUGUU